AUGCACAGCCGGCCGGUUGCAACGGGGCCCGGUCCGUACAAUGGACCCGGGUCAUACCCUCCACCACCUUCUGGGGCGCCGCCGGGGGUCUCAGUCGAUCCGUACUCUCGGCCGCCUCAAUCUACCACACCCACAGCUCCUUACCCUGGGACAGGCUAUGGAGGGCCGCCUCCUGGGCCGACAAGUGUUGCUCCAAUUGAGCACAUGUCUGGUCCAGCAGCCUACCCAAAUCCUCACUCUCAGCAGGCCAGCAUGGUGGAGGGACCGCGACCUUCAGCUACCCUGAACCCUCUUGUUACGACGACACAGGACCUGAAAACGAUCAAAACAGGGACUCAGUUCGCGCUCCGAGAGUAUCUGUCUCUGCAAAGAAAGAGAGGUCGACUAGAUGGCGCCAUGUCGUUAGAGUUAGAGGAUCAGAUCAGGGCCCAAGGUCGUGUCCUGCUCGGUGACCUCAAAGUCUUGCGGAAGGAGGUCGGAAGCCUAAUUAAAGAUGGCGAAAACCAUCGCUGGAGAAACUGGCUCAUUGGUGGAGCUGUAGCAACCUUUAUCCCAGCCGUAAAGCGCAUCUUCCGUCGCCCUUCCGACAAGACGGAAACCGACGUCCAAGCGUCCAACAGCACCGAGUACGCAUUCUGGCGCAGCAAAGCACUAGUCGCCCGCAUCAAGGACAGCCUCCUGGGCCGCAACAGCUUCGCCAGUAUCGCCUUCUUUGUCUUUGCCGUACUCUACGUCUUCACCAAUGAGGUUUCUCUACAGGUGGCCAAGACCGUGUCGAAGCGGUUGAAGCGACUAAGCGCCAAGAUCGAGCGGGGUGACGUGGAGGUUGUCGACCAGGACAUGAAGCUUCUCGAAGGCUGGCGGUGGAGAGUCCUCAUGUGGAAGCAGUGA